GGGUGGGUUGUUAGUGCGCCUCGGUGCUGGCGGGGGCGGCCUACGAAAGUGUCAUGGCUGCUGCCGCCGAGCUUAGUCUCCCGACCAUCGGUGAGAGGAACCUGGAGCGGAGCUGCAGCCCCAACCUCUCCCGAGAGGUGGUCUGCGAAGUCUUUCGCUCCUUGCAUACCCUGGCUGGACAACUUAACCUCAGAGAUGAUGUGGUGAAAAUUACAAUCGAUUGGAACAAGCUCCAGAGCCUCACGGCAUUCCAGCCUGCUUUGCUCUUUAGUGCACUUGAGCAACACGUUUUAUAUUUACAGCCUUUUUUAGCAAAACUUCAGCCUCUGAUUAAAGAGGAGAAUACAACUGUUGUUGAAGAGAUAGGAAAAACAGAAACAGGGAACAAGAAUGAAGUAAAUGGCAAAUUUCCCAUUGGCGACCUACAGGAGGAAGAAAAGCACAAAGAUUGUGAUUUAGGAGAUGUGAAAAAGACACAGAUCCAUUUUGAUCCAGAAGUAGUUCAAAUAAAGGCUGGAAAAGCAGAAAUUGACAGACGAAUAUCUGCAUUUAUUGAAAGAAAGCAAGCUGAAAUCAAUGAAAACAACGUCAGGGAAUUUUGCAAUGUUAUUGAUUGUAAUCAAGAAAAUAGUUGUGCGAGAACUGAUGCCGUUUUUACUCCUUACCCUGGAUUUAAAAGUCACGUAAAAGUUUCUAGAGUUGUGAAUACAUAUGGACCACAGACUAGACCUGAAGGAAUUCAAGGGUCAGGCCAUAACCCUAGCAGCAUGCUGCGAGACUGCGGUAACCAGGCUGUGGAGGAACGACUGCAGAAUAUUGAGGCUCACUUGCGACUGCAGACAGGCGGUCCAGUGCCAAGAGACAUUUAUCAGAGAAUUAAAAAACUUGAAGAUAAAAUCCUUGAGUUGGAAGGCAUCUCUCCUGAAUAUUUUCAAUCUGUAGUUAAGCUGUUAGGAAAACAAGAGGAAGUGUAUUUUCAUCAAGGUAAAAAGCCACUUCUUAGGAGGGUAGGAGACUAAGCCCUUACCUGCCCAUAGGCCCCACCGCAGGUGCCUAGCUCCGUUUGGCAAAGGAAGGAGCACGUUUACAUCAGCACCCCCUGCAUACUGAGCAGUUCCAGCACUCACUGGUUUCCCGCUUACUAAAGCUCCUGGUGAGAGGCGUACCUCAGAAUUCUUUGAAAGCAGCUUUUGACACAAAGAAAGAUGAGAAUUUUUGCCUUUUCUUCUAAAUCUCAUGAGUAAGAAGUGUUCAUGAGGAAAACAUGCCACCUACGUUGCAGUGUCAAAUGUACUAGUAUACUCAUUUACCAUUCAGGAGUAUACGUGGUUCUGUGAAACUAAGAACAAAGUCAAGAAAUAAUUCACUAGAUCAGGGUUUUAAAAAACACAGUAGUGUGUGGGUGAGAAUGUUUGUUAUCUGUUUCAGGUAGUAGAUAUUUAAACUCAAACUGGCUUAAACAGUGUGGAAAUAAUCUUAUAAAAUGGGUUCAACAGGAAUACAGUCUGCAGGGUUAAUUGAUUUAUUGUGCUAGAUCAUGAUUGUCAAAGAAUUGGGCUCUUUCCCCUCAGCUCUGCUUCGUGCUGGCUUUUUCCUCAGGCAGAUGGUAAGAGAGCUGCUGUGCUUUCGGGUGUCCUGUCCAGGUGACAGCGGUGUCCAGAACAGCCUCCUUUCAGGGCUUUCUCUGAGAAGUGAGGAAGUUUUUCCCAGAAGCUCUCCCCAUGCUCCCUAGUGGACCUCUCCUUAGUCAUUGGCCAGAAUUGGGCCUGUGCCCAUUCUGGUAACUGACAAGACGGGUGGGGUGGAUCAGUGGAUGCGACCCCCCCUCACAGGGAGGAGCAGUGGAUAGCUGCUCACUGAGACAACCACCGUGUCCACUGCAGUCAGUCAAGGCUGUGUGUGUGUGUGUGUUCAUCCCUUUGCCUGGUAUUCCUCAUUCAGUGUUCCUCUGUCUGUUGCUGCUUCACUUGUUCAGUGUCCUGGGAUGGAAAUGUUCUAAGAAGGGAAACUAAGUAGAAAAUCCUCAGAGCAUCUCCAUAAUCACUCAGCUUCAUCAGAAGCUGGAAAUAAAUGGGAAAGUGUGUGUAGCCAGGGACAAUCAUGUUGCUGUGAUGUUAUUACUGUGUACUUUUAAUAUCAUCUUCGGAGGAUAACUUCUAAAGUAAAAGAAGGCAGAUACCACUUACAGAUACUGGUCGAAUUUUUCUGGAAAAAGAAGAAAAGUUCAACCACCUCAACAGAACUAUUCACUGGCUGAACUUGAUGAGAAAAUUAGUGCCCUCAGACAAGCCCUGCUCAGAAAAUCAAGAGAAGCAGAAUCCAUGGCAACUCAUCAC